AUGUUGGAAACAUUAGUAGAAACACAAUCAAAUUCUUAUGCAGAAAAUCCACCAAACCUCAAGAAAUCGAGAACUACUUUAUUGAUUAUUAUCAGAAGUACUUUGGAUGAGUUGCGAGAAGGAGCUCGUGAUCGAGAGUAUCUUUUAAAAAGAAUUUUCGUAGACGAUGAUUCUGAAUACAGUUAUGAAACAAAGAUUGUUAGGGCAGUACUUGAAAAUAGAGAACCUAUUGAAACGAAUCUUUUUAUUGCCCCAAAGAUCAAGCAAAAGAUUAUUGUUGAGCGUAUGUUUGGAUUGUUAAACAAGUCUCUGCAAGGUCAAAUCAAAUAUCCACAUCUAUUGAAUCUUAAGGGAGUGAUUGACCAAUCUGAAUUUUUAAAAGACAACCAAGUGCUCAUUGCAAGCUUCAGAUUCAAAGCAACAACAUCAGUAGUUGUUUUUAGAAAUCCAGUCGCGCAUGCCAACGAUUUUUUAAGACUACACGUGGUCUCCCCUCCUGCUGACAAAGAAUUCUUGAAUAGCGUUAGAGAAUGCAUUGUGUUUCCCAAACUCGCAGGUAAAAAAGGCCCUCAUCAAUUCCUUAGCUCAGGAGAUCUUGAUGGUGAUUUGUACAGCAUUCUCACUGACCCAUGUUUAGUCAUGUUGUUAGACAAACCAUUUAGUCGUAUGGACUAUGAACAGUUAGCAAAAGAUUAUAAAAUGAAGAGACAACGCCCAACACCAGUUGACGAUGUUGAGGAGUCAAGAAAAGAUCAAACCAGGUUCUUUGUGGACUACAAACCAACUAUUGGUGUAUUCUACACGAUAUUGACCAAUGAUUUGUAUCUCGACAAAAUGUCGGAGGAUGAAAGAAAGAAGUAUGCCUUUUAUUUUACAUUAUCCAUUGAUGCUGUAAAGCAUGGAUCAGUGAUACUUCAAGAUCCAAAGCCAUGUAAAUCCAUCCAAAACGAUUUCGGUUUGAAUGAAGAGAAAUUUGCAAAAAUUAAUCAAUUCGAAAAAAAGUUGAUCGAAAUUGUUUAUGACAGUAUUUUGUCGAUUAAGGAGGCAUUUGUCAUCCCCUAUCAAGUGAAUGAUCUCUACCGAGUCAAGGAGAUUGGCGAUUCUACAAAGAUGAAGGAGGCUUUUAAUAACUGGGAAAAAAACAACAAAAUCUCGAGAAGUGAAAGAAAAGACCUCUUGUCUCAAGUGUAUGGGAAAAAACAGCACAAACAAUGGCUAUUGUCAAAGGUGGCUCGAGUUAUCAACUCACUUGGAAAUUCUGACACCACCAAGUCUAUAGCAGAGCGAAUUCACUCCAAUUAUUUUUUGGAGGCAAGCAUUGAGGCCAAUGUGGAAAAAGCAAAACAAUGGCUUAAUCAAGCGUAUGCUUAUUCCGAUCAGAAAUUGAGGGAGAAAAUGGUUAGAUUUGUUUAUUUGGUUUGCUAUAAGUGGCUAAGUAUUUGUCACAUCCAAAAUGGCGAUGUGUUGUCCUUCGGAGUGUGCAAAUAUAAACCUGUUAACAUCAACCAAUAA